UUACCAUUUAUAGUCUUCAUUGCAGGAGCGAAUGAAUCUGGUCCAAAAGCCUCAGACUCACCAUGGCCCUGGUUGUUUACUGGUACGACUUCAUCUUUUUCGGCAUUGUGACGGCUGCUUUCGUUGGGUCCUUAUUGGUACUAUGGAGGAAAGAAGCUGCAUCUAGAAGCGACGAGGAGAUAGUAUACGAGAGUCUGUUAGCGGCUCGACCGGAUGCUGACGGGUUCGUACGUGCUACAACAGGGGAUCAUGUUGGCUCGAACCAGUUGUGGACUAGUUGUUGGAUUAGGGUGCACCCUGUAUGGCUAGUGGUCACUCGUUUUGUCUCAUUUGCCAUUAUGGCCGGAUUCUUGUCGUGGGAUAUAGUCGAGUGGGACGCUUCCAUCUUUGUUUACUACACCGAGUGGACAUCUACACUGGUUAUGGUCUAUUUUGCUGUAUGUAAAACAAAACUUACAACCCAUUUUCCUCCCACUAUAUUUCUUUCCACCAUUAAAAUACAUGGCUUUUCUUUGUCUAGCUGGGUACUGCCGUAUCUCUUUACGGAUGUUGGGUUUGUUUAA